UCCCCCGCGCCGCGAGGGAGCCGCCUCUGGGAUCGCGCCGGGAUUUGGGAUCGGCGGGGCCGGGCGGGGGCUCCGGGGCUGAGCGAGGACACCGAGCCGAGACUUUGGGGUCGUCCGAGGUGGGAUAUUAACGCAGAAGAGUUUGUAGGGCGGCGGGGUUUGGCCCUUUAAAGGAGUUUGGGGGGUUCCCGUGGCUGGAGCAUCUCUAGAAAGGGGGGUUUUGGGGGGUUCCCACUCUCCUUUUGGGGUGGUUCUGUAAGGGGAGGGGGUUUAACCCCUGUAGAGAGCUCUGCAAGGUGGGUUUUGGGGGGUUUAACCCCCUUCCGCAGCUGGGGUAGUUCUGUAAGGGAAGUUCUUGGGUGUUUAAACACCCUCGUUUUUUGGGGUCGCCCUGCAAGGGGCGGGGGGUUUAAUCCUCGCACCGCAGCUGGGGAAGCUCUGAAAGGGGAGUUAGUGGGGGUUUGAACCUUCUCCCCCCAUUUAGGGUAGUUCUACAGGGGGAUUGGGGGUUUAACAUCCCCCUCCCAUUUAGGGCAGUUCUGUAAAGGGGGUUUGGGAGACUUUAACCCCCCCUCCCGAGCUGGGGUAGCUCUGAAAGGGGAAUUAUUGGGGGUUUGAACCUUCUCCCCCCAUUUAGGGGAGUUUUGGGGGUUCCCCCCAUCUGAGGUAGCUCUGAAAGGCGAGUUUUUGGUAGUUUAAAUACACCUUCCCCCUAUUUAGGGUAGCUCUACGAGGGGGUCUGGGGAGGUUUAAACACCCCCCCUUAUUUAGGGCAGCUCUUGCAAGAGGAGUUUAAAUCCCCACCAAUAUUUAGGGCAGCUCUUGCAAGAAGAGUUUAACCCCAUAUUUGGGGUUGCUCUGCAAGGGGAGUUUGGGGGGUUUAAAUUCCCCCCCCCCCCCCACCUGGGGUAGCUUUAAAAAGGGGAUCUGUGGGGUUUGUGUCCCACCCUUUCCCUGGGAUAUCUCUGCAGGGGCUGUGGGCUCACAUCUGGCCAGAUGUGAAGGGCAGGGGGAAUUCCAGAGGAACAGAGCAGGGGUUAGAGGGGGUUUAAGCCCCCUCCUAAACCUAGGACAGGACUGGGGGCUAGUCCAGGACAAACAGAGCAGCCUAAGGAAGGGUCACGGAGCCCCCAAACCACCGUGUGGGGUCAAGAGGAGCCCCCAAACCACCGUGUGGGGUCAAGAGGAGCCUCCAAACCACCGUGUGAGGUCAAGAGGAGCCCCCAAACCACCGUGUGAGGUCAAGAGGAGCCCCCAAACCACCCUGUGGGGUGAAGAGGAGCCCCCAACUGUGGGCCCACUCCCCUACUCUGUGGAUGCUGCAUCCCUGGAGAUGAUGCCCCCCGAGGAGGACAACCUGGAUGGCCCCAGGAAUGGGGACAGGGACGGUGGCCUCAUCCUCCUGCACGGCCCCAAGAACGGGAGCGCUCGGAAGCAGGGCUGUGAUCCCUUUGCCCAGACCCAACGGAGCAAACUCCAACAUCGCCGGGCCCGGAUCAACCAGCAGAUCAACAAGGAGAUGAGGAUGAGGGCGGGAGCAGAAAACCUCUUCAGGGCCACCAGUAACCACAAGGUGAAGGAGACGGUUGCCCUGGAGCUGAGCUAUGUCAACUCCAACCUGCAGCUGCUCAAGGAGGAGCUGGAGGAGCUCAACAGCAGCGUGGACGUGUAUCAGAACGACAGUGAGUCCAUCAGCGUUCCCAUGAUCCCUUUGGGAUUGAAGGAGACCAAGGAGCUGGAUUUGCUGGUUCCACUGAAGGAUUUCAUCAGUGAACACUAUGGAGAGGAAGGUGUCCUGUUUGAGAAAGAAAUCAAGGAGUUCAUGGAGCUGAGGCAGGCCAUGCGCACCCCGAGCCGCAACGAAGCCGGGCUGGAGCUCCUCAUGGAAUAUUACAACCAACUGCACUUCCUCGACAGCCGCUUCUUCCCUCCCACCAAACCCCUGGGGGUCUUCUUCCACUGGUAUGACUCCCUGACGGGGGUGCCAUCCCACCAGCGGGCCCUGGCCUUCGAGAAGGGCAGUGUCCUCUUCAACCUGGGGGCCUUGCACACCCAGCUCGGGGCGCGCCAGGACCGCGCCACCCUGCCCGGCCUCGCCCAGGCCAUCGACGCCUUCCAGAGGGCAGCGGGUGCCUUUAACUACUUGAAGGAGAACUUCUCCAACGCUCCCAGCCUGGAUAUGAGUGCUCCUUCCUUGAACAUGCUGGUGAGGCUGAUGGUGGCCCAGGUCCAGGAGUGUGUCUUUGAGAAGAUGACCUUGCUCCGUGCCCAGAAUGACUUCCUGGCCCGGCUGCAGCUCGCUCAGGAGGCAGCAAAGGUGGAGGACGUCUACUCGCUGGUGCACCAGACCAUGACCCAGCCCCACGUGAAGGACUAUGUUCCCUUCUCCUGGACCACCAUGGUCCACGUCAAGUCGGAGCAUUUCAAAGCCCUCUCCCACUACUUCGCUGCCAUCGCCCUCUGCGACUGCCCCGUGCCUUCGGAAUCUGAGCUUCCAGAGCAGGAGAAGGCUUUCAUGCAGUUCCAUGUCACCAUGCCAGAGGGACCAUCGCUCCAUGUCCUGCUGCAGGAUCCCGAGGAGAGGAGGAAACUGGGCAAAGCUCACCUGAAAAAAGCCAUCAUGAAGCACGAGGAGGCCAUGAGGAUCCACGGGUUGUGCAAGAUCCUGAGGAAGAUGGACAUCCUGCAGGAGGUCCUGUCCUUCGCCCACAAACGCUCCCUGAGCAAAUACUCAGAGAUCGACCACGAGGAGGAUUUCUUCGAGACGGGAGAUGCCCCAGACAUCCACCCCAAAACCCACCAGAAGCCUGAGAUCAAACCCCCCAACUUCUCCCAGGUGAAGGUGACCGACCUCUUCCACAGGCUGGGACCCCUGUCGGUCUUCUCUGCCAAAAACAAGUGGUAUCCAGCCAGGAGAGUCCACCUGAGGAGGGGAGAGAAUGGAUUUGGGUUCACCCUGAGAGGAGACUCCCCCGUCCUCAUCGCUGGUGUCAUCCCGGGGGGCUGCGCUGCCGCAGCCGGGCUGAAGGAGGGGGAUUACAUCGUCUCAGUCAAUGGCAAGGACUGCAGGUGGGCCAAGCACGCCGAGGUCGUGCAGCUCCUCAAGAGCACCGGCGACGAGGGCGUCGACAUCGGGGUCAUCACCCUGCACGGCUCCCAGGCCCCCAGGGCUCAGGUGGACAAGAAGGUGGCAGGGAUGUCCUCGGGGAUGCUGAAGAGCAACAAGGAGAACAGCAGGAAGAGCCUGAUGAACAGCAAGAGCCCCAGCACGCUGCUGGUGUGGGGCAAGAAGAGCAAGCGCAGCAAGAAGAGCACCUACAGCGGCGUCCCCUUCACCGCCGUGGGGGACAACGAGGCCAUGUACUGAGGGGCUCACCGGGCUCUCCUGUGUCCCUCCAGCUCCAGGACUGGCUGUCUGGGAAGCCUUGGAAGCACCGGUGGCCUGGCUGGGCUGUGCCGGUGUUGGGGCUGCCAGGAUUCCCCCACCCCGGGGGACGGAUCCUCUUGGAAAAAGACUCCUCCAUCUCCCAGCUCUGGAUUCUUCCAUGUCCCAGCUCCUCCCUCCUCAGCGAAACAAGGGGAAAACCCUGAUUUAGUCGUGGUUUUUAAUCAUUUUUUUUUGCUCUUCAGGGGUUGGGGGGAGCUUUGGUCUGAGCAGGGACCGGUUUGUGUCGCCCGCUCGGUGUGAGGAGCCACCAAACCCGGCCCUCAGCCAUUAAAGCAAAAGCUGUGACCUCC